AUGGUGAUGAUAUUUCAGGCCAUUCAGUGCACAGAAGAAGAGAAGGUGAUUUUUGCUGCUCAGAAGAUGAAGGGGCCAGCAGGUAGAUGGUGGAAUACGGAGUCUACGUAUUUCACGAACCGAGGGAUUCCAAAGGAUUGGCAACAUUUCAAGACAGCUUUCUUGGAGAAAUACUAUCCCAACAGUGUGCGUGCUUUGAAGGAGCGUGAGUUUAAGUCCUUCAAACAAGGCAACAUGUCGGUGUCUGAAUAUGCUGAGAAGUUUGAGGACAUGGCUGCCUAUUCCAGACAAGCAGCUUAUGCACCAGAUGAGUUAUGGAAGAUUGAUCAGUUCCUUAUGGGGCUGAAUGCUGAUAUUGUGCACAGCGUGUCUCAAAGGGAGUUUACUACCUAUGCUGAGAGUUUGAGGCAAUUCUAUGUUGCCGAGAACACGUUGAAGAGAGUCCAAGAUGAAAGAGAACAGAAUAAGCCGGUUCGUAGGGAACAAGUAAGGUCGGGACAGCAUUUGAGACCCCGAAAUUUUCCGACAAUGAAGAAACCAGUUUAUGGGGAUCGCUCUACUCAGCCCCCUCAAUGUGGUAAGUGCAAUAGGAAGCAUUAUGGUAAUUGCUCAACAGGUCCAAAGAAGUGCUUCAAGUGUGGGAUGACAGGUCACUUUGCAAGGGAAUGUGCAGCCCUAGAUGUUCCCGAAAAGACUACUGGACGUGUUUACACCUUAGACGCAAGGAAGGCUCAAGGAAACACCAAUCUUGUUGCCGGUACGUGCUAUGUUAAUGAUCAGCCCUUGUUUGUGCUAGUUGAUUGUGGAGCAACACAUUCUUUUAUUUCUCACCCUUGUGUUCGGAGGCUUGGUUUUGAGACGAGUCUUCUUCCUAAUCCUAUGAUUAUCUCAUCGGCUACGGACGAUGUAGUAGAAGCUCGAGAAAUUUGCAAGGAGUGUUCUAUUACCUUCAAUGGUCGUAGAUUCGUGAUUGAUCUCAUUUGUCUACCUCUUAAGAAGAUCGAUGUAGUACUUGGUAUGGACUGGUUGUCAGCUAACUCGGCGUACAUCGGUUGUAAAGAGAAGGCCAUCUUCAUUCCUGCUGAGGAGACUACACCAACCGAUGCCAUUGAACAUCUUCUUGAAGGUACAGUUAACAUGAUCAAUUACCUUUUUUCUCAAGAGAAGUCUUUCCUUUUGGUUCUUACGUCGGACUCCAAAGAUAAGAGGAGUAUUUUGGAGAUUCCGGUUGUGUGUGAAUUUUCCGAUGUAUUUCCGGAGGAUGUUACUUCUCUUCCGCCGGAGAGGGAAGUUGAAUUCUCUAUUGAUCUUGUUCUGGGUACCGCUCUAGUUUCGAUCGCCCCUUAUAGGAUGUCUCCUGCAGAGCUAAGAGAGUCGGGAUAUCAUCAAAUUCGGGUUAAGAUUUCAGAUGUAUCGAAGACUGCUUUUAGAAUGAGAUACGGUCAUUACGAGUUUUUGGUUAUGCCGUUCGGAGUAACCAAUGCUCCUGCUGUCUUUAUGGAUUACAUGAACCGGGUGUUUCAACCAUAUUUGGAUCAGUUCGUGGUAAUCUUUAUAGACGACAUAUUGAUAUACUCACGGACUAUCGAAGAGCACAUGGAGCAUUUGAGGAUUGUGUUGUCGGUUCUCAUAGAAAACCAGUUAUUUGCGAAAUUUAGUAAGUGUGAGUUCUAG